AUGACCUUUACGCCCGAGACAGAAGUGCGGAUACGCGCGCUGGGCGGGACCGUUUCGCCAUCGACAGGAUCAGUCCACGACCGACUGCAGGCUGUAGACUUCACUGCUGCCCCAGCACUCGUACUGGAGGGCUUUAUCGACGUGGUCGACGUUGACGUCGUCACCGCCAUGGUCCAGGCGGCAGACACGCACGGCUCGCGAGCAGCUGCCAGUAUGGUGAAAUACCCAGUACUCGAAUGGGACGUUUCCCCGGCGCCGUUCACGCCCUUUUCGCCCGGCACACCCGACUUUGACGAGUGGGACGGGACGAUUGACGACGCUGCGCUCCGGCGCGCUGCGGCUGUGGCUGGGCAGGACGCCUAUCCGCCACAUCAUCCUCCACUCACGCUCGUGUUUAUCGGACAUUCUGAAGGAUGGCCCAACAAUUACUUUGUGCUCUGUCAAGACCCCAACCCGGAAAACCCGGCAGUGUACACGACCGACCACGAGGUGUACUUUUCCGAGGUGGAAAAGCUGGGGAGCCUGCUGGAUCUGUUCGCGAGGCACAUCGUCACGGACGACGAGGUGGUGGGUGUGGUGAGGGACCGGUAUAGGCAGGUUUCAGAGUAUGAACAGACCGAGCAAGUGGUACAAGGUAGUGCUCAGUAG